CUUUGUGGCGGCUGUGCCUUCUCUCUCAAUCACUCUCUGUGGCUAUGAAGUUUCUCAGAGUCUUCAAAGUCAAACCUUCCAACUUCAAACACAGAGGAACCACCCCUGCUCCCCAUUUCUCUACUCUCUCCGAACCCCAAACACCGAUCUCCGAAGCCACCCUCCUCCAUUCAAUCCAAUCCUCUCAGUGGCAUUUCGUCGAACACCUCGCCCCCAACCUCACCCCUUCCCUCCUUUCUUCCACCCUCACCGCCCUCCACCACUCCCCCCACCUCGUCCACCACCUCCUCACCCUCCUCCUCCGCCACCACCACCUUCCCUCCCUUGACCUCACCACCCAUUGCCUCUCCCUCUGCAUCCUCUCUCGCCUCUCCUCCCCAAAACCCGCCAUUGACCACUUCAAGCACCUCAUUCACUCUUCCAUUUCCCCCACCCAGGACAUUUUCAAUGAGCUAUCACUUGCCCAUGAUCACUUCAGUGCCAAGACUAGUAGUACCAUUGUCUUUGAUCUUAUGAUCAAGGCUUAUUGUGAGCUCAAGAAGCCCAAUGAGGCCAUGGAGUGUUUCUCCUUGAUGAAAGGAAAAGGGGUUGUUCCCAAAGUUGAAACUUGUAACCAGAUGCUGAGUUUGUUCUUGAAAUUGAAUAGGACUCAGAUGGCUUGGGUUCUUUAUGCUGAGAUGUUCAGGAUGAAGAUUAAGUCCAGUGUCUACACUUUUAACAUAAUGAUCAAUGUGUUGUGUAAAGAAGGGAAGUUGAGCAAGGCAAAAGAGUUCAUUGACCAAAUGGAUGCUCUUGGUGUCAAGCCCAGUGUUGUUACUUAUAACACCAUGAUCCAUGCUUACUGUUCGAGAGGGAGACUCAAAGGGGCAAGCUUGAUCUUUGAAACGAUGAAGGGUAAAGGUCUUGCGCCGGAUGCUUACACUUAUAACUCUUUCAUUAGCGGGUUGUGUAAGGCAGGAAUGCUUGAAGAGGCAUCUGCAAUACUUGGUAACAUGUUGGAGUUUGGCUUGAUUCCCAAUGCAGUGACAUAUAAUGCAUUGAUUGAUGCUUACUGCAACAAAGGGGACCUGGGUAAGGCUUUUGCGUACAGGGAUGAGAUGAUAAGCAAAGGCAUAGUGCCAUCUAUGGUAACCUACAAUGUGUUUAUUCAUGCACUGUUUAUGGAAGGGAGGACAGGGGAAGCUGAUGAUAUGAUCAAAGAGAUGCAAGAAAAGGGGAUGAAUUUGGAUGCUGUUACAUAUAACAUAUUGAUUAAUGGGUAUUGCAGAUGUGGGGAUGCAAAGAAAGCCUUUGAGCUUUACGAUGAAAUGGAGAGGGAAAGGAUUCGGCCAACGCUGGCAACUUACACAUCGCUUAUAUAUGUUCUGGGUAAAAGGGACAGAAUGGUAGAGGCAGAUAACUUGUUUAACAGGAUUCAACAAGAAGGUCUGUUGCCAGAUAUCAUAAUGUUUAAUGCAUUGAUUAGUGGUCACUGCGCAAAUGGUAACAUCAGUCGCGCAUUUGAACUCUUAAAAGAGAUGGACCGGAUGAAGGUUCUACCGGAUGAAGUCACUUAUAAUACCCUGAUGCAAGGAUACUGCAGAGAGGGGAAGGUGGAAGAAGCUCGCGAACUUCUUGAUGAGAUGAAAAGAAAGGGGAUCAAACCUGAUCAUAUUAGUUACAAUACACUCAUUAGUGGAUACAGUAAAAAGGGCGAUAUGAAGGAUGCUUUUCGAGUUCGUGAUGAAAUGUUGACCACAGGAUUUAAUCCUACACUUCUUACUUACAAUGCUCUUAUACAAGGCUUAUGCAGAAAGAGAGAAGGAGAGCAUGCUGAAGAGCUCCUCAGAGAAAUGGUAAGUAAAGGCAUUACCCCUGAUGACAGCACCUACCUGUGUGUGAUUGAGGCAAUGGAGAAUGUUGAAGAAGUAGUGGGAAAUGAUGAUCAAUAACCUUUUGUUGGUGCUCAUUGGCUCGAAGUUGAAUGUGAAAAUAUCGGUGUUCAAGAAGAAAAUCAUUUACACAGAGGGAACUCGUGCGGGAACUCCUAUCUUUGAAGGUUGGUGGAUGUUGCAGCACAACAUCUAAAGAUAAGCUUUUGAAAGAUUAUAUUGUAUAUCUAUAUAGAAGGAAGUGGAAGUGCCUGCUGAAUCUCAAUCUACCUUUUGUUUAUGCCAUUUCUGUAUAUCCUUCAUUGGCCAAGGUAGUUUUCUUUUCUCAGCCUUAUUAUGAAUCUUUGUCAACCAUUCAUUGGCCAGGGUAGUUUUGUCCAAACAUUUUUGGUUGUUCAAGAGUGAAAACUACAAUUUCAAUUUAAAGGAGGAUGACCCCCUUGGUUAACCCUAUCAUUACCAAAAAUUCUACUAAUAUGGUUCAAGAAAUUGUAACCAUUUUGUGUUUUUUUCAUCCCAAGACUCAAAUUCAAGACCAUUGAAAACGGACAAGCUUGCAUGUUGCUUGACCAACAUGGUAUUGGUAAUUUGGUUGACUUAUAUUGCCAUGCCAAAUUAGGAGGGUAGAUCAAAUAGAAGAUAGACAGGUGGCAAAAGGUAAAGGAAGAUCCAAAAAGACCGUACACGAGGUAGUCAAGGGAGAAUUAUGGGUAAAUAGUUUUACUAUAGACAUGAUACAUGAUAGAAUACAAAGAUAUCGUUUGAUUCAUGUAGCUGAUCCCACUCAGUUUUAUUUAUUUAUUAUUUAUUUUUUAGUUCUUUUAGAAUUCUCAAAACUACUAUAGAGAGGGCUUCAUCCAUGUUUAAAGGUUUACUAUUUCUACAGCUGUACAUCAUACUAUCAUAGUGGUGUUGUUAAUUUAACAGAAUUAGUUUUGCAUUUCUUCAAAUGUUCAAAGGAGAUCACACUUGUAUUUAUUCCUAAUCUGAUUGUUCUUUGUAAUCUUUUAGAAGUCUGCAAUAUGAUAUAUCAUUUUAUUGGUCUCUAAAGUGAGAACUUUUCAGAAUGGACCACACAAUACACAUACCAUAAUGAUCAAUAAUACAAAUCAACUUAUC